AUGAAUAGCUCAGGAAAUGAUACCUCCCCUUACAAGUGUAUAUUUGAUGAAGAUUUCAAGUAUGUUCUUCUUCCAGUGUCCUACGGGAUCGUGCUCUGCGUUGGGCUUAUUCUCAACAUCCUGGCCCUUUACAUCUUUCUGUUCCGGAUUAAGCCCUGGAAUGCUUCAACUACAUACAUGUUUAACCUGGCUAUCGCGGACAUUAUGUAUGUCAUCUCCCUGCCCCUUCUGAUCUACUAUUAUUCCCAGGGCGAUGACUGGCCAUUUGGGGAAGCAUUGUGCAAAAUUGUCAAAUUUCUCUUCUACAACAACAUGUAUUGCAGCAUCUUCUUCUUGCUUUGCAUCAGUAUCCACCGAUUCAUUGGGAUCUGCUUCCCUAUGAAGUCGUUGGGUUGGUUGAAGGUUCGAAAUGCCCGCAUUAUAUCCGUCGUGGUCUGGAUCUUCAUUGCUGCUUUCCAGUCCCCUAUAUUGUAUUUUGUGACCACAAGCACAAAGGGAGAUAGCACCACCUGCCACGACACUUCUAGCGUGGAUUUAUUUGAUACUUUUGUCGUCUACAGCUCGGUCAGCUUGGCUUUGCUCUUCUGUGUCCCGUUUGUUAUCAUCAUCAUCUGCUACACUUUGAUGACCCGGGCCCUCAUGAAGCCCUCAGCAGCUUCUUCUGACACCUCAAACUCCAAAAAGAAGUCAAUUAAGAUGAUCAUUAUUGUGCUACUCACAUUCAUCAUCUGCUUCUUACCUUUCCAUGUGAACCGAACCUUGUACUAUUACUUUAGAAAGUUAGACCUUGACUGUGAUACGUUAAAUGCAAUCAACAUGGCCUACAAAGUGACAAGACCGCUGGCUAGCGCCAACAGCUGUCUAGAUCCCAUCUUGUACUUUCUUGCUGGACAAACUGUGCGAAGGAACAUUAUUCCUAGGAGUGGACUCACAAAAGUUAAAAACAAGUUUUCAACCUAUGUACGAAGUAAUAACUCAAGCUCUGCCACGAACAGUAAUGCUGCAGAGAACAGCUUUACCCCCAUUUCUUCUGACAUGCCCUCAGCUCCCAGUCCUAGCCCAACUGUAAUUACCAGGAUGUAG